AAAAUUUGGACUAUGGUCUAUACUCAAUAGUCCAUGGCACUGCUCUCUUCUAUAUUCCCUCACAUUCGCUUCUCCUCUCAUUAUUAUUCUUCCACACUCCAUUCCAACUUCAAGUCUAUUCACAUCGCUCGAACACUCGUAUCUGCCAUCUCCACUCCAACAAUGUCCUCUUCUUCUGAAGUUUCCAAAACCGCAGCUCCUUAUGGAUCGUGGAAGUCGCCGAUCACCUCCGACGUCGUUUCCGGCUCCUCCAAACGACUCGGCGGCACCGCCGUUGACUCCCUCGGCCGCCUCAUCUGGCUCGAGUCUCGCCCCACCGAAUCAGGGCGUUCGGUUCUGGUGAGAGAGGCGGAGAAAGCUGGGAAAGAAUCGGUGGAUAUAACGCCGAAGGAGUUUGGAGUUCGGACUUUGGCUCAGGAAUAUGGCGGUGGCGCUUUCCGUGUUUUUGGUGAUACUGUCGUUUUCUCCAACUACAAGGACCAAAGGCUCUACAAGCAGUCUUUGGAUUCUAAAGAUUCUUCUCCUGUACCACUUACCCCGGACUAUGGCGAACCGCUAGUAAGCUAUGCAGAUGGAGUCUUUGAUGCACGCUUUAAUUGUUAUGUCACUGUACAGGAAGAUCGUCGUGAAAAUAAAUUGAAUCCAUCCACGACAAUUGUAGCAAUAGGGCUUGGCAACAAGGAUAUUCAGGAGUCAGAAGUAUUAAUUGGUGGAAAUGACUUCUACGCUUUCCCACGUUUGGACUCGAAGGGUGAAAAAAUAGCAUGGAUUGAAUGGAGUCACCCUAACAUGCCAUGGGAUAGAACAGAACUCUGGGUUGGAUAUAUUUCUGAAACUGGAGAGGUCUACAAACGCAUCUGUGUCGCUGGCUCUGAUUCUACGCUUGUGGAGUCUCCAACUGAACCCAAGUGGUCCCCUGAUGGUGAACUAUUUUUUAUUACUGAUAGGAAAAAUGGGUUUUGGAAUAUCUACAAAUGGAUUGAGUCUGAGAAUGAGGUAGUAGCUGUUUAUACAGUGGAUGCUGAAUUUUCCGGACCUUUAUGGGUAUUUGGCUUGAAUUCUUAUGAAUUCAUUCAGAGCAAUGAAAAGAAAAAUUUAAUUGCUUGUAGCUACAGGCAGAAUGGGAGGUCAUAUCUUGGAAUUCUUGAUUUUGUUCAAGGCUCGUUAUCUCUGCUUGAUAUUCCUUUCACAGAUAUAGAUAAUAUUACUUCAGGAAAUCAUUGCCUAUAUGUGGAGGGAGCAUCUGCUGUAAAUCCAUCAUCAGUAGCAAAAGUGAUUCUAGAUGAACAUAAAUCUAAGGCAGUUGAAUUUGAGAUUAUUUGGAGUUCUUCACCUGAUAGUUUAAAAUACAAGUCCUACUUUAGCUUGCCUGAGUUAAUUGAAUUCCCAACUGAAGUGCCUGGUCAAAAUGCCUAUGCAUUCUUUUAUCCACCAACGAAUCCCGUGUACCAAGGCAGUCAGGGAGAAAAGCCCCCAUUGUUAUUGAAAAGCCAUGGAGGCCCCACAGCUGAAACUCGUGGAAUGUUAAAUCUGAGUAUUCAGUACUGGACUAGUCGAGGUUGGGCAUUUGCUGACGUCAAUUAUGGUGGAAGCACUGGCUAUGGCAGAGAAUAUCGAGAUCGGCUUUUGGGACGCUGGGGAAUUGUUGAUGUCAAUGACUGUUGUAGUUGUGCUAAAUUUUUGGUGGACUCGGGAAAGGUAGAUGGGGAACGGCUAUGUAUCACUGGGGGUUCUGCUGGUGGAUAUACAACCUUAGCUGCUCUUGCUUUUAAAGAAACGUUUAAGGCAGGAGCUUCCUUGUAUGGUGUAGCUGACUUAGGCUUGUUGAGAGCAGAAACUCACAAGUUUGAAUCUCAUUAUAUUGAUAAUCUUGUUGGAAAUGAAAAGGAUUACUUUGAGAGGUCUCCGAUCAAUUUUGUUGAUAAGUUUUCCUGCCCUAUAAUUUUAUUCCAAGGAUUGGAGGACAAGGUUGUUCCUCCUGAUCAAGCUCGUAAGAUUUACCGGGCAUUGAAAGAAAAAGGUCUACCAGUUGCCCUUGUAGAGUAUGAAGGAGAACAACAUGGUUUCCGCAAGGCUGAGAACAUUAAGUUCACACUAGAACAACAAAUGGUUUUCUUUGCACGACUGGUUGGACACUUUGAUGUUGCAGACGAGAUUAAUCCGAUCAAAGUUGAUAACUUUGACUGAGCUCUUAGUGAAAAGGUACUUUAUUCUGGAAUAUUUGGCAUUUGCUUUUUAUGUCAUAAGCUUACUGGCCAAGUGUUUGUAGUGCCAUCUGACAAGAGCAAUCAAUUUGUUGGUUUCAAUAAAAGCUUCUGGAUCUGCUAUAAGUUUGGGUGAUCGUGAGGUAGCCACAUCAACAUGCAAUACCUUUAUCUUGAUAUAUAGUAAUUCUGAAAACUUAAGAAAUCUGCUUAGACAUGUUGUCUUAUAAUUUUAAAUGAGCAGAUAGAGAUUAUUGUUCCUGGUGAAUCAUAUGGCAUAUUUACUUGAAUGCCUAAUACAUAGUUGGAUUUUACUUUGAUAUGAUGUUGAAUUAUUCAGUAAAUUACUUUCCAUUAGAAUGGACA